AUGCUGUGCACUUAACAACCGAAUCAGUAUGUAUGGUUGUAGCUAUUGAUCAACUUCCUGGAGGUACAGCUUAUGACUAUCAGAGUCAUAUUACAAAAUCUGUUGAUAAUCUUGCUAAGUUAUAUAGUGACUUCUAUAAGCUUAAAUACACUGAUGUAAGAAGCACUAUUAUCGGGAACAUAACAAAUACCAUGAGUGAUAGAGUAGCAACAAACCAUGCAACAGUCUCAAAGUUAAACCUAGUUUGGCAGAAAUCAUUAAAUGAACUUAACUGUCACCUUCACCCCUUGGACACAAUGACAAGCUCUUGCAGGUCUUCACUUAAAGCAUUAGAGACUUCAAAAGGGAAACUUUUUGGAAGAGACUGCAUAGCAGCAAACAUUGUUGUACAGCUGAACAAACUUCGUUACAAGGAUGCUAAAGGCGAUCCAAAGGGUUUUGUAACCUUUUUGGACCAACAUGAGUUGCCCAGAGGAUUGCUACCACGCUAUAGAGGGAACAGAUUACAUAUACUUUUUCACACAUGUGGUAUUUUGAUCCAUCAUUAUGCCAUAUUGAAGAUAUUUCUGUGUUCUGGCUUGGCGUUAUGUGGAGGUCUGCGAAAUAGUUUGUUUCAAGACUUUACAUCUGAAAUAGGUAUCCGUGAGUUGUGUGUUUUAGCUUUAAUUGGAAAGCUACUUUCUGGCCCUUGGAUGACAAAAUUUUAUAUUGCACCAGGUACAGGACUUGACUACAUAUCUGGCAUUCAGGUAGUAAAAGAUGUUAGGAACACUCUUAUUGAGAGCAGCAAGAAUCCCUUAUCUCUACUUAAACGAAAAACUGAUUUCUUUGGUAAUGAUAUUAAAGAUGUUGUUUUUGAUUCAAUAAUCAGCUUUUGCCCAGUAACUAAUGAAAUGAGUAAAGCAUUAGGUGACUGUCUUAAUGCUGUUAUUAGCGUCAUUGACAGGCAGUACAAGCAUCAGUUCGAAAUGAGUUCCAAUGAUCUUCUUAAAGACCAGACUAAGUCAGCUAGGCUUCACAACAUUGAUUCAGAAGAACUUAUGGGUAUGUUUAGCGCUGCAAAGCACAAAGCUCCUAAUGCUACUCUUUGUUUUCUUUCUUCGAAACUUCGUGCUUGCAAAAAUAAAACAACUGGUCUGCUUUGUAAAAAGCCAACUGAUAUUCAAAACAAGUUGAUAUUAUGGGCUCUAAUGCCAGGAAAAAUCGAUUUACAAGUAUGCAAUGUCAUAAUGAACUGAAGUUAGAACUGCUAAAACGAAUGGCAGAUAAAAUUCAGAAAAGGGAGGACAAAGACCGCAGAAAGGUAGAAAAAAUAUUAAAAAGUUGCAUGCCCGAUCAGGUAAAAGAAAUGUUUCCUGACCUAGAAAAUAACGAGGCCUCAGAUAUUGAAGAAAUUCUUAUUGGAGCUGCUAUUGGAAGAAGUAUUUGCCACAUGUGGUUCGAUAAUGCCAAUAACACCCAUGAGGUAUAUUACGGCAGAAUUGUUAGCAUUAAAAAGAAGAACAAUGAUAUAUAUAGUUUCUUAUUGGAAACC